GCAGCCCCUGAAUUGGGACACAGCCAUGGUUGAAAAAUCUCUCGGCUUCCAUAUCCCGAAUGAAUCACGUUGAUGGGAGUGCUCUUGCUCUUGCUCUGGGUAAUGUGUGUUCGCAUUCUUAUCAGGAAGAAGUGCCUAUACAAGGAAUUCCGCUCUCUUUUGACAUCAUACAGGCCAUACUCGAAAAAAAAAAACUCUCCAAAACCUGGUCUGAAACCGGAAGUAGUGUAUUUGGCACAGAAAUACUCCGUCAUACGUCCAACUCGUGUUUUGAAACUUUGGCCAUGUUUAGCAUGAGAAUGCAACUCUUUAACAGUGUAAAUAAGUCAGAAUGCAAGAAAUAGCAUUACACCGCCCUUUAAGAAAAGUAACCGUUGAUGAUGUAUGCAGCCUUUAAAGGGUGCAGCCCAUGAAUUGGGACACAGCCACUGUUAAAAAUCUCUCGGCUUCCGUAACCCAAACGAAGCACGUUGAUGGGUGUGCUCUUGCUCUGGGUGAUGUGUUUGUAUGCUUAUCAGGGAGAAGUGCCCAUACAAGGAAUUCCACACUUUAUUACGUGAUAAAGGGCCAUACUCGAAAAAAAAAAAACUCUCCGAAAGUUGGUCCGAAACUGGAAGUAGUGUAUUUGGCACAGAAAUACUCAUACGUCCAACUCGUGUUUAGUCCCUUUAAAGUUGACAUGAAAUAAAAAUCCACGUUAUCUAUUUUCUAAUUGCAUGUUAUUGAUUUUACUUUGAAUGAUUUGUCCAUGCAUAUAGUGUCAGGAUCCUGUCCUGACAGUCCUGUCUGUUUUCUCUCUGUUUUAUGUUUCUUUGUUUGUCUUGUGCUUGAGCACAUGACUCUGUCUUUGUUUUGCAUUGGCUCUCAUCCCAUCUCCUUUUAUAUUGUGCUCCUUCCCUUCAUGUCUUUGCUGGUCCUUUGUAUGCUUUGUGUUGUGUUUCUGUUCACUUGCCUGUGUCUGCAGUUAAUCAUUGCUCUUGUUCUAGUCGUGAAUUUGAUCUUGUUUCUAGUUCUAGUAGUGUAUCCUUGUUGCUAAAUUGCUUUUUUCCCUAGUCUUGUUCUAGUUAGUUAUUGCUCUUGCAUCCCAUAGAAAUAGAAAGAUGAAGCCUCUUAAAACUUUGAAGUUUUUCUCCCUUUGGUUCUGGAAAAGAUUUAAAGCAUCAGGAGUUUCGAAAACAGUGCCAUCUUCUGGAAGGUCAAAUUUAUAGCAGCCAUAAAUCCGAGUGCACAGCAUAAAUAAAAGCCUGUAUUUAAUGCUACAUGUGUUUAGUUUUCUGAUCAUAUAAUUCACAUAUUAAAUUGUGGCAAUAAAUGUAAUAUUAUAAUAAUAAUAAUAAUAAUAAUAACAGUAAUACCAAAAGAGUUGUUUGAGGCACUGAGCUGAGAAAUUGCGCUGAAUACUCGAUACAAGCUUUGAAGAUUCAGUGUCAUAUAACAUCACUAGCAUCCCAGUCUUUCUCUCUCUCUCUCUCUCUCUCUCUCUCUCUCUAUUUAUUUCUACUCAAGUAUCUAGUUCAUCUAGUUCCCUGUAAGUUUUUUUUUUUUUUUUUUUUUGAAAGUUCCAGUCAUUUAUUCUUAGUAUUUUUUUUUGUUUACUCUCUUGUGCCCUGCCUUGUUAUCUUGUUGUGUUUUGUCUUUUUCAUUGUUAGUCUUGUGUUCGUUCCUGCUGUACCCUGAAUCCUGAGUUUUCCUGGCCACUGACUCUCACUGCCUGGCAGAAAGACUGGUGUAGCUGUCUGAUUCUCUGUCUUAGAGAUCAUCAAGCCUCUGCUUCCUUGUGUUCCUGCCUGGUUUUCCUCACCAUCAUCCCAUCUGAUGCUGCCUCUUCCUCCGCAGUCUUAAAGCCUGUUGUGACCCAGGACUGGUCUCAGUGGUCAUCCUCCCUGCCUGUCAUCAUAUCGUCUGCCCUACUCUACAGUUUGUACUGUUUCACGCCUCACUCUUGCCGUGCCCUGUCUACAGUCUUGACCCCCUCUAAGGAUGGCUUGAACGUGCUUUUAUUGCAUGGGCAAAGAACAUAUGUGUUUAUAAUGCAUAUACACAAUUCAUUUGAAUGAUAACAUUUGCCCUCUAAUGCUGUUAAACUGAAUAUACGAAGCAAACUGUUUGCUGAAAGUAUCCACAACUUAACAACACUGAAAUAGGAGUGUGCAGUUCAUCUGUCAAGUUGCAUUCAUUACUAUAAGAAUAUCAUUGCAUUUUUUUUUUUUUUUUUUUUGAGAUGAUGGUCAAAUUUGAAUAAAAUGAGUAGGGCAGUAUUUUUUUUUUUAUAAUACUACAGUAAUGGAAUAAAAAUUGCUUCUCAUAAUGCUAAAAUGCAAAUCUUAAUUUUCUUAGAGGUUGGCUUCAAAUAGAAAUUUAGAGAUUCAGCGCUUGAAUCACAUGACAGGCAUUCAGAAUGUUUUUCUUUUAAAUAUUUAUUUAUUUAGCCUAUUUUUUUUUUUUUUUUUACAAAAUUAAAGUGAAAUGAACAACCCCAAAUCUGGCAGGAAUACCGAAUUGUUAUUGUUAUAUUAUUUGUAAUUUGUAAAAAUGUUUAAUUUUUAUUUGUUUACUUGCAUUUUUAUCUCUAGCAAGCCCAGCUAAUCAAAAGUCAUUCAAUUACAUUAAAAUGUACACAUUUGCCUCUUCAAGAAAUUAAUCAACAAUUUAAUAAUACAAAAUGAAUGAGAAAAAAAAGAAGUAGUUCAGGAUAUCGGUGUUUUUCCCCUACUGAGCUCAUUGCAUUGUAAUUGCAUUGUGUUAGCAAUCAUUUUGCAUUUCGCCGAAAUAUAUUUGACUUGAGUCACUGAUAGUUUAUUUCAUACGGAUGAGUACACGGACAUUUAUUUUGCCUCUCGAGGUCAUGAUGUGACGUGACGUCACAGGGCUGCGCCACGGCUGAUCAGCUGCGAGAAGUUUCCACCAUGGUAUUGACGAGUUCCACUGUGAUAUCUGAAGAUAUGGAGUAUUGCAAGAAAUCAAGUAAAGAUAAAUUCACUGAUAAAGGCUUGGAAAUAUUCCAUCAUUCUACAAGUGAAAAGCAUGUAAAGAAGCAGAAGGAAUUACCUCAUAUGUAACCAUAGGAAUCUACAUGACAAGCUGUUGUAAACAUGGAGUUUAUUAAAAUGGAAAUUGGGGACAUGAGUGAUCAAGAACCAUCCAGAGUGGAAUAUGAAGAUAUUGAGGAACAAAGAGACCUGAUGGGAGUGAAAGAGGAAAGUCAAGAUCAGAAUGAAGUGGAGGAGAAUCAUCACUAUAAAAAAACCCAUAAUUUUAUAACUGGAGAAAAUUCUAGUUGCUCAGAGGUUGUCAAAAGUUCCUCACAAAAAAGAAUAGAAGCCACAAAGCCUUUCACCUGCCAUCAGUGUGGAAGAAUGUUCACAAACAAAGGAAACCUUGAGAAUCAUUUAAGAAUACACACCGGUGAGAAGCCUUUCGCAUGCAUUCAGUGUGGCAAAAGUUUCACGCGUAAAGGAAAUCUUAAGGAUCACAUUCGAGUUCACUCUGGAGAGAAGCCAUUCACAUGCCCUCAAUGUGGAAAGAGUUUCACACGUGAAAGAUACUGUAAGGAUCACAUGAGAGUUCACACCGGAGAGAGUCGUUUUGCAUGUCCCCAGUGUGGAAAGAGUUUCACAUGUAAGGACCAUCUUAAAGACCACAUACGGAUUCACACUGGAGAGAAGCCUUAUGCAUGCCAUCAGUGUGAAAAGAGGUUUUCACGUAUAGGAAAUCUUAAGGAUCACAUGAAAAUUCACGCUGGAGAGAAACCAUUCAUAUGCCCUCAAUGUGGUAAAAGUUUCGCACGUAAAGGAAAUCUGAAAGAUCACAUACGAGUUCACUCUGGAGAGAAGCCUUUCACAUGCCCUCAGUGUGGAAAGAGUUUCACACGUGAAGGAUACUGUAAGGAUCACAUGAGAGUUCACACUGGAGAGAGUCGUUUUGCAUGCCCUCUCUGUGGAAAGGGUUUCACAUGUAAAGACAAUCUAAAAGACCACAUGAGAAUUCACACAGGAGAGAAGCCUUAUACAUGCCCUCAGUGUGGAAAAAGAUUCUCACGUAAAGGAACCCUUAAGUAUCACACAAGAAUUCAUACUGGAGGAAUGCCUUUCGCUUGCCCUCAGGGUGGAAAGACUUUUACACAUGAAGGAUGCUUUAGGGAUCACAUUAAAGUCAACUCUGGAAAGAAGCCUUUUGCAUGUCUUCAGUGUGGAAAGAGUUUCACACAUAAAGGAUACUUUAAAGAUCACAUGAGAAUUCACACUGGCGGGAGCCCUUUCACAUGCUCUCAGUGUGGAAAGAGUUUCACACAGAAAGGACACCUUAAUGCUCACAUACGGAUUCACACUGGAGAGAAGCCCUUCACAUGCCAUCAGUGUGGGAAGAGUUUUACCCGGGCAACAUAUCUCGAAAAUCAUCUGCGUUCUCACUCUGGAGAAAGGCUGUUUAACUGUGAUCAGUGCAGUCAAAAAUUUAUUUUGCCAAGACAAUUGAAGACCCACCUUAAAAUUCAUACAAACGAGAGGCCCUACUUGUGUUCUUUUUGUGGCAAGACUUUUUUAUGGCUUAGUAAUUUUACACAUCAUCAGAAAAUUCAUACUGGUGUGAAAGCUCAUUUGUGCACUGUGUGUGGUAAAGCUUUUACUAGAGCUGGCAGCUUGAAAAUACACAAAAGAAUCCAUACUGGAGAAAAACCAUACACAUGUUCACAUUGUGGAAAGGGUUUUACUGAGACUGGAAAGCUAAAACAACAUGAGAAAGUGCAUUCUGGAGAUGCCCCUCAUCUCCAUGUGGGAAGAGUUUUGCACAGUUACAUGCUCUGCUGACUUGUAUUAAAAAAAAAAAAAAAAAAAAAAGCAUUGCUCCAAGUUGCCACUGUAAUCUUUGGUUUGUUUCAAUUCCACAGGUCACUUCAUAGAUUUUCACUUCUUAGUGAAAAAAGUUUCAGUGUAUUUGAUGUUGAAGUAGUAUUUCAGAAAAUUGCUGUUUCUGUGAAAUGCUACAUUUUUUUUUUAAUACAGUAGUUAAAAUAUGACAUUUUGAUUUUGCAUGGUAGAUAAAAGAAUAGAAGAGUGUUGUGUUGUAAGAAGCUUAAAGGGUUAGCUCAUCCAAAAAUUAAAAUUCUGUCAUUUAUUACUCCCCUCAGGUCGUUUCACACCCGUAACACCUUCUUUCAUCUUCGUAACACAAAUUAAGAUAUUUUUGAUGAAAUCCGAUGGCUCAGUGAGGCCUCCAUUGCCAGCAAGAUAAUUAACACUUUCAGAUGUCCAAAAAGGUACUAAAAACAUAUUUAAAACAGUUCAUGUGACUACAGUGGUUAUGACGAGAAUACUUUUUGUGCACCAAAAAAAUAAAAUAAAUAAAUAAUGACUUUUCACCAGUAUCUAGUAAUGGCCGAUUUCAAAACACUGCUUCGAAGCUUUACAGAUCUUUUGUUUUGAAUCAGUGGUUCGGAGUGCCAAAGUCACGUGAUUUCAGUAAACAAGGCUUCGUUACGUCAUAAGUGUUUCGCAGUUUCAAUAGUUCAUGUGACUUUAGCAGUUUGAUAUGCAAUCCGAACCACUGAUUCGAAACAAAAGAUUCGUAAAGCUUCGAAGCAGUGUUUUGAAAUCGGCCAUCACUAGAUAUUGUUGAGAAGUCUUUUUUUUUUUUUUUUUUUGGCGCACAAAAAGUAUUCUCGUCGCUUUAUAAUAUUACGUUUGAACCACUGUACUCACAUGAACAGUGUUAAAUAUGUUUUUAGUACCUUUCUGGGCAUCUGAAAGUGUCAAUUAUCUUGCUGGCAGUGCAGGCCUCACUAAGCCAUCAGAUUUGAUCAAAAAUAUCUUAAUUUGUGUUCUGAAGAUGAACAAAGGUCUUACGGGUGUGGAACGACAUGAGGGUGAGUAAUUAAUGACAGAAAUUUCUUUCUUGGGUGAACUAACCCUUUUAACCAGUCAAUAACUCUUAGUGUGGAUAUGAAAAUAAGGUAUUUUAAAAUAAGGCAUUUUUAGUGCAUUUCUUUAUAUCUAUGGAGUAUUUUGUUCACAAACCAGUAACCUUAAUUGAGCUCCUAUUAGUUUAUGGGUGCAUAUAUAUUUUGCAACCAAGGCCAGUAAUGUGCAUUUACAGUGAUCUAAUUUGUAUGUCAUAAAAUUAAUAAAAAAAAAAAAAAAAAAAAAAAAAAAUUAAUGAACUUGAAAUGUUAACAUCUACUUCAUUAAGGAUCACUAAAAACUUGUGGGUGCAUCAAAAUCAAUAAUUUUCUGCUCUUUGCUUCUUAAAAAUUAUUGAUGCCAAUAACUUGAACCGGUCAAUUAACUGAAAAUUGGGUAUUUGUUGUGAUGUGCAUUUAAAUUAAAAUUAAAUUUAAUAAAAAA